AUGUCCUCACCCGCGCCCUCAAGACCGUCCUCGAGCGAAGAUAUCGUUGCACAAAAAUAUGACCGCUGCAUCGCGGACCUGCUCGUAAAGACAGGGAUUGGCUUUGGCGCAGGUGUCGUCGCGUCCGUCAUCCUCUUCCGCCGACGAACAUGGCCCAUCGCGCUCUCCACCGGCUUCGGCGCAGGCGCCGCCUAUGCGGACUGUGAUCGCUCUUUUAACCCGGCUAGGAUCGCGGGCGUGAGGGUCGUUUCGGAGGUUCCGAAGUAG